AUGCAUACCUCUCCAGUCCAAAAACGACAAGCCAUCAUGAACAUUAAGGUCCUUGACGAUUUUAAUAUGGAGCUGGACAAUCUUUACCCAAUCAGCUUCCAGAUAACCCUGACAGUCUUCCUAAUGAUAGAGUGUCUGCUUGGACUGAGUAGCAACCUGACGGUAUUGGUCCUAUACUGCAUGAAGCUCAACCUGGUUAGCUCUGUCAGCAUUACUGUCACUAUGAACCUGCACAUCCUUGAUGCGCUCGUGUGUGUGGGCUGCAUCCCGUUCACGAUUGUCGUCGUGCUGUUGCCACUGAAGGACAACAACGCUCUAUUUUCCUGUUUCCACGAGGCCUGUAUCUCCUUCACAAGUGUAGCAACUGCCACCAAUGUGCUAGCCAUCACCUUAGAUCGCUAUGACAUCUCUGCGCGGCCAGCAAAUCGUGUGCUCACCAUGGGACGUGCAGUGGCACUGUUGGGGUUCAUCUGGGCCCUCUCUUUCCUUAGCUUCCUGGUGCCCUUUAUAGAAGUAGCCUUCUUCAACCAAGAUGUCUCUGUGCGAAAUCAGACAGUAGAACUGGACAACACCACCCAGUACUACACUGAGCCUGGCCUUUACUACCAUUUGCUGGCUCAGAUUCCAAUCUUCUGCUUCACUUCCAUCAUCAUGCUGGUUACAUACUACAAAAUCCUGCAGGCACUAAACAUCCACAUUGUUACCUGUUUCCAAACAACACCUAAGAAGAACACUUCAAAAAAAAAACCCAUUUCUAUGACCGAAACUCAGGCAUCUGAGUCCACAGACAUACAGAGUGGCGGUAGAAGAAAUCCUCCAUUAGCCAUGCGUACUUCUGUAUCAAUGAUCAUUGCUUUGAGAAGAGCUGUCAAAAGGCACAAAGAGCGGCGCAAGCAGCAAAAGAGGGCUGUGCGGACGUCACUGCUUAUUAUCUCAACCUUCCUACUGUGCUGGACACCGAUCACCUUGCUCAAUAUCAUUCUUUUGUGUGUAGGACCCAGUAACUUUACCAUGCGCCUAAGACUGGGCUUUUUGGUCAUGGCCUAUGGAACUACGUUCUUCCACCCACUCCUCUAUGCUUUCACACGACAGAAAUUCCAGAAGGUUCUCAAGAGUAAGAUUAUUUCUGAUUUUGAAAUAAAUAACAUCACUAUCUACAUUUAAUACACUGGCCCAAGAAAAGAAAGAAAAAAAAAUACCUUUGAGGACACAAAUGUCCAACAGAAAUGUAUUUUAACUGAGAAUAUAGAAUAAGCUAGUGAGCC